AUGGAUUCAAAAUCGGAUGUUCGACAGCAACCAACUAAUCCUAAUUCUGCGCCACAACCGCCACCAUUGCAAGCAGCAACAUUAGCUGUACCUGGAUCGGCUGCCAGUACAAGCACAUCAACAAGCAAAGAUUCACAACCAAACAUCGCUUUAACCAAUUUCAAUUUUGGCACUUUUCAGUUAUCAGCAACCAAUGCGAACGUUAACAGUACAACAAAUAUGGUUCCCAUUUCUCAACGGAACAUUUUCUAUGACACAAGCAGCAAUUCGAUACAAAUGCAUAAACAGCAAAUCGUUCAUCAAACCGGGAUGAAUUUGAAUGCAAAUGCAUUUCAUACUGCAACACCAAGUCAUUCAUCGACAACCACAACAACUGUCAAAGAGGAGGUAAAGCCGAUGACAUUAAAUUCAUCAUGCUUCAGUUGCUCAUCUUUACGACUACCAACAUGUCAUACAGCAGCAGCAUUUGGACAACCUGAUCCGUAUCAAAUCUUAGGGCCAACAAGCAGUCGGCUAGCGAGCGCAGGUAGCGGACAGAUUCAACUUUGGCAAUUUCUUCUGGAGCUAUUGUCAGAUAGCCGUUAUGCGGAAUCGAUCACUUGGGAGGGUACAAAUGGUGAAUUCAAAUUAGUUGAUCCAGACGAUGUGGCUCGCCGUUGGGGCGAACGAAAAAGUAAACCGAAUAUGAAUUAUGACAAAAUGAGCCGAGCGCUACGAUACUACUAUGACAAAAAUAUCAUGUGUAAAGUGCAUGGGAAACGAUAUGCUUACAAAUUUGAUUUUCAAGGAAUAGCGCAAGCCCUGCAACCACAGACAAAUACCGCUUCAUCAGAUCUAUUUCAACAAUCACGGUUACAUUCGUCAGAGUUCAUCCAUUCGCCAUGGGCUACCGCAAAUUAUCGCACACUUAUGACACCUCAAUUUCAGGCAUCUGCAGCAGCCGGAGCUUUGUUCAAUCCACCGGUUGGUUAUGCUAGUUUUGGUGGUUCCGGUAAUGGUACCCUCCAAGCUCGUAAUUUUCCGCUCUAUGCGUCAUCCAAUUAUCCGAAAUGUAUAUAG